AUGGUGAGGCUGGUGCUGCCCAACCCCGGCCUGGACGACCGGAUCCCCUCCCUGCAGGAGCUGGAGACCAUCGAGAAGGAGGAGGCCAGCACCCGGCCCAAGUGGGACAACAAGGCCCAGUACAUGCUCACCUGCGUGGGCUUCUGUGUCGGGCUCGGCAACGUGUGGCGCUUCCCGUACCUGUGCCAGAGCCACGGAGGAGGGGCCUUCAUGAUCCCCUUCCUCAUCCUGCUGGUCCUGGAGGGCAUCCCCCUGCUGUACCUGGAGUUCGCCAUCGGGCAGAGGCUGCGCAAGGGGCCCGUGGGCGUGUGGAGCGCCGUGCACCCGGCCCUCAAGGGCGUAGGCAUCACCUCCAUGCUGGCGUCCUUCAUGGUCGGGCUGUACUACAACACCAUCAUCGCCUGGAUACUGUGGUACUUCUUCAACUCCUUCCAGGACCCGCUGCCCUGGAGCCAGUGCCCGCUGGACCAGAACCUCACAGGCUACACGGAUGAGUGCGCGCGCAGCUCCUCCGUGGACUACUUCUGGUACCGCGAGACGCUCAACAUAUCCACGUCCAUCAGCGACUCGGGCUCGGUGCAGUGGUGGAUCCUGCUGUGCCUCACGUGCGCCUGGAGCGUGCUCUACGUGUGCGUCAUCCGAGGCAUCGAGACCUCGGGCAAGGCCGUGUACGUGACCUCCACGCUGCCCUACCUGGUGCUCACCAUCUUCCUGAUCCGCGGCCUGACGCUGAAGGGCGCGGGCGCCGGCAUCGCCUUCCUCUUCACGCCCAACGUCACCGAGCUGGCCAACCCGGUCACCUGGCUGGACGCGGGCGCGCAGGUCUUCUACUCCUUCUCGCUGGCCUUCGGCGGCCUCGUCUCCUUCUCCAGCUACAACUCGGUGCACAACAACUGCGAGAUGGACUCGGUGAUCAUCUCCGUCAUCAACGGCUUCACGUCCGUGUACGCCGCCACCGUGAUCUACUCCAUCAUCGGCUUCCGCGCCACCCAGCGCUACGACGACUGCUUCAGCACGAACAUCCUGACCCUCAUGAACGCCUUCGACCUGCCGGAGGGCAACGUGACCCAGGAGAACUUCGCGGAGAUGCAGCGCUGGUGCAACGCCACGGACCCCGCGGCCUACGCCCAGCUCAUGUUCCAGACCUGCGACAUGAACUCCUUCCUCUCCGAGGGCGUGGAGGGCACGGGCCUGGCCUUCAUCGUCUUCACAGAGGCCAUCACCAAGAUGCCGGUGUCGCCGCUGUGGUCCGUGCUGUUCUUCCUCAUGCUCUUCUGCCUGGGCCUGUCGUCCAUGUUCGGGAACAUGGAGGGCGUGGUCGUGCCGCUGCAGGACCUCAAGCUCAUCCCCGCCAAGUGCCCUAAGGAGCUGCUCACAGGCCUCAUCUGCCUGGGGACCUACCUCCUGGCCUUCAUCUUCACGCUGAACUCGGGCCAGUACUGGCUCUCCCUGCUGGACAGAUACGCGGGCUCCAUCCCCCUGCUCAUCAUUGCCUUCUGUGAGAUGUUCGGGAUCGUCUACGUGUACGGCAUCGACAGGUUCAACAAGGACAUUGAGUUCAUGAUCGGGCACAAGCCCAACAUCUUCUGGCAGAUCAUGUGGCGGGUGGUCAGCCCCCUGAUCAUGCUGGUCAUCUUCCUCUUCUACUUCGUGGUCGAAGUCAGCAAGGAGCUGACCUACAGCGUCUGGGACCCCAGCUACGAGGAGUUCCCCAAAUCCCAGCAGGUCGGGUACCCGCCCUGGGUGUACGCGGUGGUGGUGGUCGUGGCCGGCGUGCCCAGCCUCGUCAUCCCAUGCUUCGCCGUCUACAAGUUCAUCAGGGGCUGCUGCCGGUGGCCAGGGGACCAGCAGGGCCUGGUCAGCACGCAGUCCACGGCCUCCGUGAAUGGGGACCUCAAGUACUGA